UUUAUAUAUAAAUAUAAAGACAAAAUUAUCAAUAAGUUCAAAAUUUCUUGUUUUUUUUUAUUGAAAAAUGAACUAUAUUCUUAACGCUUAAAUGGAUAAGGAAGAUACAAGACCUGAAUGGGGACGCAAGUGCGGCGAGGGCUGCUUGGUCCCGCAACGCAUUGCUGUGGCUCUGAUGGGAUUUUUGGCGUUACUGUUCGCGUAUACGAAUCGUGUUUCAUUAUCCCAUGUAAUCGUCGAACUGGUUGUGCCUAAGCUUCGAUCGAAUUCUACAAAAGGAGCGGUAUGUCCGGGUGACAAAUCACUUUCCCAAUCCCAUGCAGCGGAUUACACAGGCAGAUACAAAUGGUCUGAGGAAUUGCAAGGGUUUAUUUUGGGUAGCUUCUAUAUCGGGUACAUAAUAACCCAUCUGCCUGGUGGCGUACUAGCUGACAGAUUCGGAGCGAAAUGGGUCUUAGCCACCGGCAUGCUAAUAUCCGCCCUUUCCACUUGCCUAACGCCAGUCGCAAUCAUUUAUGGCCACCAAUGGGGCUUGAUUGCCGUGCGUAUCAUAAUGGGACUCGCGCAAGGACCCCUCUUUCCAGCUAUGACCACUCUGCUCUCCCAUUGGGUGCCCAAAAAAGAGCGUGGCACGUUGGGCACUAUCUGCUACAGCGGCGUGACCGCAGGAACGGUCACUAGCAACCUUGGCUCCGGCUUCAUGCUGCAUUAUAUGCACUGGCCUGCAUGCCUUUACAUUUUUGGUUCUUUAACAAUUCUUUGGGUAAUACUUUUCCUCAUACUUUGCUACAGCACUGCCAGCUCACAUCCAUGGAUCCGAACGAAGGAGAAGGCUUACCUAGAAGAGCAAAUACCAAUGAAAACUGAAAAGCCGCCGAUACCCUGGAAAAAGCUGUUACUUAACAAGCCAUUGGCGGCAACGAUUGUAGCUCAGAUUGGACACGAUUGGGGCUACUAUGUUAUGAUCACCUGCCUACCCAAGUUUAUGGCAGACGUGCUUGGGGUGUCCAUACGUUCAAAUGGCAUCAUGACCUCUCUGCCUUUCGUUGCGAUGUUUAUUAGCUCGAUUAGUUGUGGCUUUUUAACCGAUUGGCUAAUACGCACAAACAGAAUGUCUAUUAACUUGGAACGAAAAUUGUUUAACUUUAUUGGUGCCAUUGGACCAGGAGGCUUAACUGUCGCAGCGUCGUACGCUGGCUGCGACGUCUAUGUAGUGGUUGCACUCUUUGUUUUGGCUAUGUUUACAAUGGGUGCAUACUAUGUGGGCCAAAAGCUCUCGCCAAUGGAUAUGUCUCCAACUUUCUCGGGCACAAUCACUGCCAUCUGUAACGGGCUUGGUUCUUUGGCUGGCAUGGCAGCCCCCCCUAUUGUUGGAUUAAUGACACCCCAAACGACAGUAGCUCAAUGGCAUGGCGUAUUCUGGCUGGGCUUUGCUAUAUUGGUUUUGUCAGCAAUCGUAUUUUGGAUUUGGGGCACAGCCGAGGUACAGUCGUACGAUCCCAAUGCCCCAGCGAAAACAGCCUAACUAAAAGAAUGACAGCACUCCAUGAAAACACUAUAUCAGUAUAUUACUGACGAAGAGAGAGUUAGAAAGAAAUUAUUGAUGUGAACCUAUUUGUAUGCGCGUAUAUGGGACUACAAAGAUUUUUAUUUCCAAAGGUGGAGAGGAAAAUGUAUUAAUGAAGCAUAUUAGUUCUCCAUCUUCUGGCAUUAACCGUUUGGUAGAACUAUCAUGCAAGACAUUUCUAUGCAAUUAUCGGAAUUCAAUUAGUUUAAGAACCUGUAUUAUAAAUCGUACCUCUUUAUGUCAAGAAAGAAUUUUAAAACAUGUUCUUAUACAGUGCUUAUCAUAAUUAUAGCCCACUUUUAAUCCACUUAAA